AUGAAUUUCCCCGUUGGCUACCUCCUUAUACCUCGACAGAGCCUGAAGCCAUCCGAAGAGCCCCUUCUGGUGGAUCAAUCACCUCUCGAGGCGGGAGAGCAGACGGAACCGCAGCUAAAACGCGCGCGCGUCGACGCGAAUGGGAAUAGUGGGAAUACCUCUUCCACCCCCCUCUCGAAUGAUUUUCCUUCUUCCUCGUCCUCUACCUCACCGGAGCUCCCGAACCUGAUCAACGGAAAGUGCGAGGGGAUCUCAAACCCCUCUGCUCUUCCCGAUUCCAUCACCCUCCCCAGGUUAACCCUCCCCUCGCUGAGGGCCGCGCUGCUUUCGUAUCUCCACGACGCCCUCCCUCACCACCCCUCCCUUGACGACUGCCUCGUCGUCCGUGAGGAAAUCCGCGAGGAGGAACCAACGGAAACAAAAACGAAGGAAAACCAAACUGAUGAAACCCAAACGCAAACGGAAGGGGGAAAAUACGUGGUGUGGUCGUUUCAUUUCUCGAUGGAGGGGGUGGGCGAAGGGGCCUGUUCACCGCCUCUUCCGCGGUGGAUCGUCGUGGCGGAUCGUCGGCUGCGGCUGCGCGUUUUUCAUCGCGCGGCAGCGCCCUCUUGCGGGGUUUCGAGGGGGCGGGUUUUGGGGGCCCCUAUCCUCCUCGUCGGGGCCGGCGGCAUCGGCUGCGAGCUGCUCAAAAUUCUCCACCUCGAGGGAUUCCGCCAUAUCGAGGUCCUCGAUCUCGACACCAUCGACGAGACGAACCUCAAUCGGCAGUUUUUGUUCACCGCGGCGAAUGUCGGGCGCGCAAAAGCGGCGGUUGCGGCGGCCGCCGUCCGAGGGUGGGCGGAGGGCCGCGCGCAACGCUUUCCGACUCUUCCAGAUGAGCCCUCCACUUCUUCCUCCUCCGCCUCUUAUUUUCCUCAAGACGUGAUCGCCUAUCACGCGGAUAUUAAGGAUCCGUGCUUUGAUGAGGAUUUUUUUUCCCGUUUCCGGGCGGUGUUGAACGCCCUCGAUAACGUUUCCGCACGGCAACAUGUGAAUCGAAUGUGUAUGCGCGCGAACGUGCCUCUAAUCGAGAGUGGUUCGAUGGGUUAUAACGGGCAGGUGCAGGUGAUUUUAAAAGGCUGUUAUGAAUGCUACGAUUGUUAUCCUCGCCCAUCUGGGCAACCCACGUUCGCGGUUUGCACGAUUCACGCACGACCGACGACGAUGGUGCACUGCGUUCAUUUCGCCAAGGAGCUUUAUGAAACGUUAUUUGGCGAGAAUUCUUUUCUUCGGGAGGUUCAUCCGUCCUCGGAAAAGGGGGAAGGAACCGCCACGCGUGAUGGGGAGGUGGAAAAGACGGGAAACUUAAACUACCUUCGUGAGGUUCUCCUCGCGUGGUGGGCGUCGGAGCGAGGGGAAGAGUCGAUUUCCUCUGAUCCUCCCCUUUCUUCCUCCUCUUCGUCACCCACCAUACCAUUUAACACUGAGGAGGAUGGGGAGCUGCGGCUUCGUCGUCUUGGCGAGCAUCUCCUCCGGCGAAUUUACCACGAUCAGGUCGAGGCGUUGCGGCGUUUACGCACGACAGCGGCCCCCCCCCCCCCCCUCUUCCUCCUCCUUGCCGCCACCCGAACCGCUCGAUCUCGGCCUCGUCCCCGACGCCCACACCCCCCUCCACGCGGAGGAAAUCCCCCGUGA